CAGUGAAUGAAAUGAGUAUGUUAAACUUGGAUAGGUGGUGCAUGCCUAUGUAUAGGGAAGAUCACCCCAAGAGGAUGUUGGUAUCGCGGAGGAUCUUGACUUCCACGGCCAGCGCCUGCAUCUCGCGCUUCUCAGCGUUGAUCACAUGCAUGUGGCCUUCUCGAUCUUGCACCACGACGUGCAAUUCCGAGUUCGACGACCCCGUCUCGGUCCUCGUGGUGUCUUCCAUCUCAGUCACGAUUCGCGGGCCAGUGGUCGCUGUGGAACGCUGAGAUUCCUCGAUGUCUUCUGUGGUUGACUUGCUGUCCCUAUUCGCCCGGUGGGGGUGGGGGGACUUGGACUUGUAUGUGGCGGCGGCCAGGGCGCGCAUCACAUGGGGCUGUUCCGGCAGCCCAAAGGAGGUCAAAUGGCUUGCCAGGAACCAGCGAAGCGUGCACCAGGCGCGGAUCUUCAUGUCCACACACGUGCCCCCGUAGCCAGGCUUGUCGACCACGGCGCCUCGGAUUUCGGACAAGAUGGACGUGGAGUUGAACACAAGUUGGCGGCCGAGCGAGUUGCGGGCCAGAGAUCGCCACAACUUUCGAUUGACAAUGUGGUCUAGCGCCAGGAGACCAGCCAAGUUGCCGAUGACUCCCGCCGCGAGCGUAGGCAACGCCCGAACGUACCAGCUCUCAAAGAAGAAAACGUAGGUGGCGUCCAAGUUUUGGGUCGUCGAGUGCAAGUCGACGAUCACCGAGUUGCCAAAUUCGACGAACGCGUUCCUUUCAAACAGCAGCAGCACGCUCAGGUACAUCCACGUGACUGAGCUAAAGUUAAGCCACCCCAUGACCGUAUUGGUGCCCGUGUACUGCGCCAUGCUCACAAAGUGGCACAUCCACUUGGCGGCUUUGAGCAGGAAGCAGUUGAGCCACAGCCACCGCACGGUCAUAGACAUGAGACGCAGCUCGAUCCACAGGUCAAACCCGCUGUUGGCGUACCACCGAUUGAGUAUCCUGGAAUAGAUCAUGCUGAUCUCUUCAUCCAAGAGCACUGUUAGCGUAUAGAGCACGACAAAGAUGUCGCUGUUGAAGCAAAUGUCACUCAGGCCAAUCGCGGUACAGGGCUGGCGGUACAGAGGGGGGGCGAUCAACCGAAGGAGGCGUUGGGGCAGCGUUUGCUGGGUAAAGUCCAUCCACUGGACGGUCUUUUGACUGGCAGCGUACACGCCAAAGAGAAGCAGGAGCGUUGAAAACCGAAUAUACAGGGCUGCAAUUGGACCCCCUCGACGCUGAAUAAUGAUCCCUAGCUCGUGACUGCCGCCCAUAAUGGCUUUGCUGGUUGUAAUUUCAAGCGACUUGGCGUUUUCGUUGUACGUAUACUCGAUCACACAAGUGUCCAGCCCGAGCUCCGUGAUAGGCACGCACCCCGAGCAAAACGCUUUCAAGAAGUACCGGUACAUGAAGACGGAUCCCGUCGUCACUUGGCCGGGCGGGGGGAGGACGAGGGGGGUCGUGAGGCGGAGGUCCGUGCUGUGCCGCCCUGGGGUGUACCCCAUAGCCCGUAACUGCGUCUCGUUCAUACCCUUGGUGGCUUGUCGUGCAGAGUUGGUGUCGCUAAACCAAUGGGUGAGGGCGUUACCUCGAAUGAACGUGACACUGUCCAGGACGUUUCCUAGCUGAACGGUCGUGGCGUUGAGGUCUUUAAUCGGAUACGUUUGGACCAACUGGCCACAGAUGUCGUUGACACUGUCGUGAAUGGGGUGCACAGUCGUGCCAAGCAUGAACGUGUGGCUGCCUCGAGCUUGGAUGUGCGCAAACGACGUGUUGACCAUGAACCGGCCCACCUUGGACAUGAGCGCAGGUGACUCAUUGGACGGAAACGCAUACUGAUCCAACAUGGCUUCGGGGGUGUUGAGGUCCAGCAUGGGGGUGAGCAGGUGCUUGGCGUCCCCGACGUAGUCGAUGAUGGCCCAGUUGUUGCUGAUCACGUCAAUCACGAGCAGGACGAGGCACAGUUUGCCCAGCACCUGCUGGCCUCCAGCCUUGGACCACUGGUAAAGCUUGAACUUGGUGGCUUUGGCUGGCACGACGUUGGCCCAGUCCACCGGGAAAGAUAUGGACGCUGGUCGAGGGGUGCCUAUCACGUCAUCCUUGGAUGCAACAACGAUCAUGUCCCACCAGUCAAAUAUAUGAAUGGUGUGGCUGUGGAGAAGAGUUGUUUCUCAAGCUAUUUAUACAUAAGUUACCACUGGGCGUUUGUUUCCAUCUUCGAUAACGCCACCGAAAGUUCAUGUUUUAUUUAUAUAUUUCAUUUCAAAAGGCCA